AUGUCGUCCCUAGAAAAGAAGAAGAAGCUGUCCUCAAUUACGUCACUUCCCGAUGAUUUGCUAUUGAGCAUCGUCGCACGCGUCUCAAGGUUGUAUUAUCCAAUUCUCUCACUCGUCUCCAAGAGCUUCCAAUGUCUCCUAGCUUCACCGGACCUUUACAAGACCAGGUCCCUCUUGGGGAACACCGAGGGUUGUCUCUAUGUGUGCUUACAGUGCAAUCCUGGUUACCGCUGGUUCACCCUCUGCAGGAAGCCUGAUCAAACCCUAACCAAUAACACAAGUGGGUAUGUAUUGGCAACAGUCCCGAGUCCCAGAUUCCAUAAAGCGUGCUUUUCAAGUCUAGUGGCGGUUGGUUCUGAUAUCUACAACAUCCACGCGCCCUCUUCCUCUAGCGGGUCUGUUCUGGAUUGCCGGUCUCACACUUGGCGCGAGGCUCCAGCUCCAACACAGCCGGUGAAAGAGUUGUCAAUUUCAGCUAGCGUCAUUGGUCGUAAGAUAUAUGUAGUAGGAUGUUACAACAAUAGAAUGAGUCCAAAACCGCUGAAGGUGUUGGACACGAAAACACAAGUUUGGGAGACUAUCCCUUGCAAGGGCAAAAGAGAUUACAAGUUUAAAAACUCCCAAAGCACUUGUAUUGACGGAAAGUUCCACGUGGUGACUGAGAGAAAGGAGGUGGUUGCUUACAAUCCCAAGGAAGGUAGAUGGGAUCUGUCUAGUUUCGUCCAUAAGAAGAAGAUUUUGUGUGCGGAGGUUGCGCUUGAAAGACGCAAAAGUGGUGAAAUUGUUGGGAAAGUUGAGUGGUUGGGUCAUGUGCUUACAAUCCCUAGAGAAUAUGAUUUCGUGAAGGCUCUUGCCGCUACCUUGUUGAGCUAUGUUUUUGAUAUGCACAUGUUUGGUGUUCAAUACACAGCGGUCGCGGUCACAUUCAUGUAA